AUGUUAUCCAGGGAAGGAGCUAAAUUGCCUAUCUCUCAUCUUCUCAUACGACCCUUUAUAGCAUGUGAAGCAGUUCUUUCAAGUAGAAUCGAGGAAAAUCAAGCAACUCUUGGUGAAAUUUUGGCUCAAGAAGCAGGUGCUAAUGUAGAUCGCAAUCCCGAUGAUUUACAAGAAGAGGAUAGCAUGACUGGUGACGAUAACAGAAAAACUUUACAAUCGAUAAUUACUGGUGAAAAUCACAGUAUAAAUGGAGUUGGAAAGUUAAAAGAUUUCCUUAAACAAAACAAAGAAAUAACUAUUAAUAAAGACACAUUUGCAUAUGCUUUACAAUACCAAAAAACUACAAAGGAAGCAAUAGUACACGAAAUUCUGCUUCAUUUUAUACAAAAUCCUGGCAAGCAAUCACUAGAACAAGUGAUACAAUGCUUAGAUAGAGCAAUAAAACCUAGGAUAUAUGCAAAAAAUAACCCAAUAAGAAAUCUAGAUGAGGAACUUCGUAGUCAUAUAAACUUUAAAGAUGAAAAGGGAAAUACAUUACUACAUCAUGCAGUUAUAGUAAGUCUUUCUGGUGGUAUGAUACUAGGUUUAAUAAUAACACCUGUUCUUGUUGCUAGUAUAGCUGCUGGGCUGGCCAUGUAUUUUUUGAGUCAAGACUAUGAACAGGCUAAAGCGAUAGAAAAAACUAUUAGCACUGUUAGCUCUGAAAUAUCUGUUGAUGGUGCAACUGCCGCAAAUGAUAAAGAAGGGCCACAACCUACGUAUCUACGUAUAGCUGACCCAAGCAACACGUCAUACUGCGAUUCAUUCUACAAGUAG